AUGGAGUCAGCGGGGGAAGCGGGGCCCGCCGGGGCCCCUUGGGCGCCGGCCUCGAAGAAUGAGAAAGAGGGAUCCAAGAGGCAGAGCCGCCGGGAAUGGCGAAAAGUCAAGGCCAAAGCCUUGCAGCUCAUACACAACAUGGACUUACGCACGAUGACACAGUCGCUGGUGACUCUGGCAGAGGACAACAUGGCCUUCUUCUCCAGCCAGGGCCCUGGGGAAACAGCGCGGCGGCUGUCCAGUGUCUUUGCAGGUGUUCGGGAGCAGGCGCUGGGGCUGGAGCCAGCCCUGGGCCGCCUGCUGGGGGUGGCACAUCUCUUUGACCUGGAUGCAGAGACGCCGGCCAACGGGUACCGCAGCCUGGUGCACACCGCCCGCUGCUGCAUGGCGCACCUGCUGCACAAAUCCCGCUACGUGGCCUCCAACCGUCGCAGCAUCUUCUUCCGCACCAGCCACAACCUGGCUGAACUCGAGGCCUACCUGGCCGCCCUCACCCAGCUCCGAGCUCUGACCUACUACGCCCAGCGCCUGCUGGCCACCAACCGGCCAGGGGGGCUCUUCUUCGAAGGCGACGAAGGACUCACCUCAGACUUCCUGCGCGAGUAUGUCACCCUGCACAAGGGCUGUUUCUACGGCCGCUGCCUGGGCUUUCAGUUCACGCCCGCCAUCAGGCCAUUCCUGCAGACCCUCUCCAUCGGGCUGGUGUCCUUUGGGGAGCACUACAAACGCAACGAAUCCGGCCUCAGUGUGACCGCCAGCUCCCUCUUCACCAGUGGCCGCUUUGCUAUCGACCCAGAGCUCCGUGGGGCUGAGUUUGAGCGAAUCACUCAGAACCUGGAUGUGCACUUCUGGAAAGCCUUUUGGAAUAUCACUGAGAUCGAGGUGCUAUCGUCUCUAGCAAACAUGGCAUCGGUCACCGUGAGGGUAAGCCGCCUGCUCAGCCUGCCACCGGAGGCCUUUGAAAUGCCACUGACUACUGACCCCAAACUUACAGUCACCAUCCCACCCCCCUCGGCCCACAUGGGCCCUGCACCAGUCCUCGUCAGGCUCAUCUCCUAUGACCUUCGUGAAGGACAGGACAGUGAGGAGCUCAGCAGCCUGGUGAAGUCUGAGGGUCCUCGGACCCUGGAGCUUUGGCCACGCCCACAGCAGGCACCCCGCUCUCAGUACCUGAUUGUGCAUUUCCACGGUGGUGGCUUUGUGGCCCAGACUUCCAAGUCCCACGAGCCCUACCUCAAGACCUGGGCCCAGGAGCUGGGCGUCCCCAUCCUCUCCAUCGACUACUCCCUGGCCCCAGAGGCUCCCUUCCCCCGCGCGCUGGAGGAGUGCUUCUAUGCCUACUGCUGGGCCAUCAAGAACUGCGCCCUGCUCGGCUCAACGGCCGAGCGGGUAUGCCUCGCAGGGGACAGUGCAGGCGGGAACCUCUGCUUCACUGUCUCCCUCCGGGCAGCAGCCUACGGGGUGCGGGUGCCAGACGGCAUCAUGGCAGCCUAUCCAGCCACAAUGCUGCAGCCCAGCGCCUCUCCCUCCCGCCUUCUGAGCCUCAUGGACCCCCUGCUGCCCCUCAGCGUGCUUUCCAAGUGUGUCAGUGCCUAUGCUGGUGGGGAGACAGAGGAGGACUCCACCUCAGACCGGAAGGCACUGGGCAUGAUGGGGCUGGUUCAGCGGGACACAGCCCUGCUCUUCCGGGACCUCCGUCUGGGAGCUUCCUCGUGGCUCAACUCCUUCCUGGAGCUGAGUGGGCGCAAGUCCCCCCGAGACUCAGUGCCCAUAGCAGAGUCUAUGCGGCGCAGUGUGUCGGAGGCAGCGCUAGACCAGCCUGAUGACCCAAAGGGCACGGACUCCCUCAAGAACCUGACGCUGCAUGACCUGAAUCUCAAGAGCAGCUCCGAGACCUCAGGCACCUCUGAGCUGUCCCUGUCGGCUGAGACACUUGGUCCCUCCAAGCCCUCAGACGUCAACUUCUUACUCCGGCCUGAGGAUACACCAGAAGAGGACGAGGCCCAAGAUAAGCUGAGCCCCGAGCCCUUGGACAAAGGCCGGGGAAUUUGUGCCACUUUCCCUAAGGGUUUCCGCCCGAGGCGCUCCAGCCAAGGCCCCACUCAGAUGCCCAUCUACUCAUCGCCCAUCGCCAAGAACCCCUUCAUGUCACCACUGCUGGCACCUGAGAGCAUGCUGCAGACCCUACCGCCUGUACACAUCGUGGCAUGUGCGCUGGACCCCAUGCUAGAUGACUCCGUCAUGUUCGCGCGGCGGCUGCGCAGCCUGGGCAAGCCCGUGACCCUGCGUGUGGUGGAGGACCUGCCGCACGGCUUCCUGAGCCUGGCGGCGCUGUGCCGGGAGACGCGGCAGGCAGCCGCGCUGUGUGUGGAGCGGAUCCGCCUGGUCCUCACUCCGCCAGGCACCACCGUGCCUGCAGCGCCAGUCUGA